AUGGUUCGAAUCUCAAUAUUUACGACCAUUUUAUUGGUAACGUCUUCCGUUAUCAACGCCGUUCCCGUUGCAAAGAAGUCAUAUCCUAAUGCUGAGAGGUCUUAUCCGAUUGCUGAAGGAGAGACCGAUUCAUAUCCUAUUGCUAAGAGGUCGUAUCCAAUUGCUGAAGGAUAUCCUAUUGCCGAAGGGGAAACCGAUUCAUAUCCUAUAGCUGAGAGAUCGUAUCCAAUUGCUGAAGGAUAUCCUAUUGCCGAAGGAGAGACCGAUUCAUAUCCUAUUGCUGAGAGGUCAUAUCCAAUUGCUGAAGGAUAUCCCAUUGCCGAAGGAGAGACCGAUUCAUAUCCCAUAGCUGAGAGAUCGUAUCCAAUUGCCGAAGGAUAUCCCAUUGCCGAAGGAGAGACUGAUUCAUAUCCCAUCGCUGAGAGAUC